UAAUGGGCGGGGCUCAGUUUGCACCAAACAGGAGGGUGGGGCUGGUUAGAUUUGUAUCAUGGGAGGCAAAGGCUCCAAGCCUAUUAGAAAGACAGCAGGCGAGCCUCAUCGAGGAGUACUAGUCCACACACUAAAAGAGCACAAAGACCAUGUCCUUUGUGUCCGUUUCUCUCCAGAUGGUCGCUACAUAGCCUCAGGCUCAGCGGACAAAACCUUAGCAAUAUGGGAGACACACAAUAUGAAGCUACUCCAGCACAUUAAAGGACACAAAGCUGAAGUGAACGCCAUCUCUUUCUCCCCAGACAGCACAAUGCUCCUCACCUGCGGUAGGGACAGCAAGGUAGCACUCUGGAACGUGAGGAAAGGAGAUAAGAUCUAUGCAACUCAUCUCUAUCAGUUUGGCCCUUUCAUGAGUUGCUCCUUCUCUCUUGACUCAAGCAAGCUAUUUGCAACCUCCAGCGAGAGAGGAUGUAUUACACUGUGGGAUAUGAGUGAGCAGAAAGUAAAGAAGAGGUUCCUAGAGGGUCAUAGCAAUGAAGUAUUCCAAGUCUCUUUCUCUCCUGACAAUAUCCACCUUGCAUCCUGUGGUAAUGAUAAGAGGAUUAUCCUCUGGAACAGGACCUCUGGGAAAAUUGUAGAGAAAUUGAAAGACAAGUACAGCCCAAUAUUUGCUUUUUGCUAUAACGACAAUGGAACAAUGAUUGCUGCAGUAGUUGAAGGAGAGAGGGUCAAGAUAUGGAGUACUAUCACUAAUGAGAUUGUGUUUGUGCUUGAGGGACAUCACACGUCACCUGUGAGCUCAUGCUCCUUCUCACCCGAUGGAUCCAUGCUAGCUACUGUAUCUGGGGACAAGACAUAUGCACUAUGGGAUGUAUCAGAUCCUCAUGCUCCUCCUGUUUAUCAUGCAAGGGGACACGAGGGCUGGGUGCAGACUGUUGCAUUUUCACCUGAUGGGAUCUAUCUAGCUACAGGAGGGAAUGACCACUUAAUUAAUGUAUGGAUUUGAUAUAAGAAAGAAACUGCAAAACAUCCAAUUUUUUCAGUUAUUUAUUCAUUAUGUUGUUAUUAUUCUUUGUUGCCAUAACAAUUGAUAAUUGCGCAUUUAUGAUGA